UUCCGAGAUAAGCCAAUCGCAGUUCGCUACCUUACGAUUGAUUUGGUUCAUCGUUGCCCAAUAUCGGCUUAAACACAACAGCAUAUCGGUGUUUUGGCAAGAAUACGCCUUCCGAUCUAUUGAUUUCAGCAAAGUAUCCACGGUGGAAAAAGCGCAAUAUUCGAGGCCUGAAACGGCAUUCUGAUCCUUCUUUAUCGAGCCGAAUCCGAACAAACACUGCGCCCUGCGAACCACCGACCGAGCGGACGAACGAACGAACGAACGAAAACAACACACCUAAUACCGCCAGCUCGCCGCCAUGGCUGGCAACGGUUCUCUUGCUAGCCUUGCUAGCCGGGUAUCUGCCAUCGAUCGCGUUCCGUCUACGGCAUCCCUAAACGAAAUCCAACGUCCUCGAAAACUUCGUCUCCUGAUCGCCGCAAAUGGCCCUCGAGAUGUCGCCUACGCGCAGGCCAUCGCCGUCCGCCUGUCGAAAGAGCCCCAAAUAACAACACGAGCGAUAGUCGACGACAUGACCCACCGAUUAGCACAAGAAAUUAUGGUACACAAGAACAAGAGCUUGAGGGCAGAUGGACCCGAUGGUCUUACGGGGAAGGAGAUCGAAACAUAUCAGCAGGAAGCCUACGAACUGAUAGAAUGGGCCGACCUUCUCGUCAUUGCGCCCAUCGAUGCGGACCACCUGGCGAGGAUGAUGUGCGGUAUGGCAGAUACACUGUUACUGGAGGUCUUAAGGGGUUGGGAUGCCUCCAAGAGGAUACUUCUUAUACCUGGCAUGACCACAUACAUGUGGGAGAACCCAAUGACUAAGAGACAGAUCAGCAAGCUUCAUCGGAAAUGGAGCUGGAUCCGGGUACUUCCCCCAAUCCUGUGGCAUUACGACGACUCCCCGAACCCGAAACGUAUCGUGAAAUGGGAUGCUUUCAAUGAAGUACUGGCGAUCAUCAAGAACCAGGCCGAUUUGCUCAAGAUCGGUUACACCGUCGAAGUAUCCGUUCAGCAGGGAACAUCCGCCGCAACAGGGAAGAAGGCCAGAAGCACACUACCACCAGAACUAUGGAGCAUGAUCUUCGAAUACACCAACGACUGGGAGCUAGCCACCUCCAUGGGCGUCUUCACCACCAUCCCCAUGCCCGAGAGCGAAGGCUGGCGACUCCAACCCAAAGACCCCAACGACCCGUUGCAGGUAUUCAUGCACGAGCUAGAAUGGACGCUCCUGACAGCCAACACCAAAGCCAUCUGCGAAAAGCUCUCGCAAGCGCCUGAAUCAUUCCAGGAUCUCUCCGCCCUCGCCGUCCACCUAAUAUUUAAAUUCGGCCUCACCGAAGUCCUCACCUACAUCGAGUCCAACUUCCCGCACCUCUUCAAGUGUUUCGACGGCAAGACGAUCCCGACCAAAGCCUCGGCCUACUACUACCGCACCGACAUCCUCGAAUGGUGGGCGCGCUCCCCUUCCUUUUUGGAAAAGCAAUACGACACGGAAGCGCUCAACCUAGCCUCCAUGCGCGGCAGCAUCCCCGUCCUCGAAUGGUGGCGCCGCUCCGGCCUGCCCUUAAAAUACACCGAAUCCGCCUUCGAGCUAGCCACCUCUCGAGGCCACCUGGACGUGCUCCAAUGGUGGCGGGACGCCUCCCAAAGAGAACACCCGUCGCGCAACAUCUCCCUCAAACCCGGUCGCUCCCUGCUGAUGGCGGCGCAGUACGGCCACGUGGAGAUCAUGCGCUGGUGGCUCGAGCAGUCGGGCGUCCCCCUAGAACACCAGGAGCAGGUGUGCAAGAUGGCGAGUAGAUGGGGCCAGGUGAAAAUUUUGGACUUGUGGCGCGAGCUGAGGGGGGACGAUAAGAUGCAGUUUGAUAAUCAGAUUCUUAUAGAGCCGACUUUUCAUGCGCAUAUCCCCGUGCUGGAGUGGUGGCGGAGGUAUGCGCAUGGGGAGCUACCCGGUAUGAAUGGGAGGAAGGGCAAGAGGGUGGAGUAUAAGACGAUGGAUAUCGAGGAGGCGCUGGAGGAUUCGUUGGGCGAUCAGACGAGGGUGAGGAGGUGGUGGGCGGAGAAUGGGUUAAAUCUGGGGUUGGGGACGAGCGAGUGGAUGAAGGUUAGGUAUUUGUGAGUUGAGUGAGUGAUGGGAUGGGAUGGGAUGGGACGGGAUAGGUAAUGCAAUAGGAGAUUCAGUUGGGAUAACAACGAACUCGAACUAAGAACGUCAUGACAUUUAUGAUUACGGCACAAUCAGGAUUUCUAUAGAUGGUGUAAAAAAGGGAAUAUCACAUGGUGAAAGGGGAAUGAAUAAACAUAUUUUGGUAUUUGGUAGUCUGGGUGGAAAUGCAGUCAGUGAAGGGAUACAGAAAAUAGGAGUCUUGUUUUGGUUGAUAUUGUUGAACUUUAAAAAUUUUCAUU